UCACACACUACACAAUAAUUACUCGCACUGAGAUCGACUUGGGAUGAUUGAGUUUGACGUUCGCUUGGCCAAAGUUGCGGAUCUGGAUGGUAUUAACAAGCUGAUCCGGUCGCCGGGCGUCAAGUGGUUUGGCAAUAUCCGGCCGAAGUUUUGUGGCAAGGACUCGCUGUUUCAUCCGUACCAGACCUACAGGAUGUUGGCCCUCUGCAGGCAUACUUCCGCCUUGGUGGCCUACGCCGAGUUCCGGAACUAUCCGUCCAUCACCGCUCUGCCCACAGAUAGUUGGUUGGAUUGGCUGACCGUUAGAUACUGUUUGACCCUGUCUAUUAGUUGGCUUAAUGCAUUGUUCUUCAACUUUUGCAUUUACAAGAGCGAGUACUCAAUGGUUCUGGUCGAAAUCAUAAAAGAGGUGUUUUACAGGGAGAACAGGGUGUGGUACCUGAUCGCAGUGAGGCCUCCCUUUGUGCAACAGCCCUCGCACUUCAUGGAGACCUUCGACGACUUGGAAAAAAUAUCACAGAUCUACUAUCCGCUGGAGUUUAGCACGGAAAAAAACAAUAACACGCAGUCAUUAUACAUUGUGGAUCGGUUCAAGCUACUGCCCAAGAUUACCUACCGGAAGGCACUAGCCGAGGACAACGAUGAUGUAAUAGAACUGCUAGAAUUCGAGAUGCCCGAGCUCCGAGAGAAGCUUGGUGACUACUAUAUAGCCGAGGAGGUAAUGCGACAGGAUCCCGGGGCCGAGAAGAGCCUUUUGGUCGUGGCCGAAACAAGCAAUCAAUGCGAGGAGACCGAGAUGGUCCUCUUCCUUUGGAUGACCACGGACAUCGACAUCCAGUUCUAUGUGCGUAACUACGAGGUUGUAUCCUUCGGCAACCUGGUCAAGCCCGUCGAUGGCAAGUCGUUCCACUACGAAACGAUGACGGUGUCAUCAGUUCAGCGCAGGGCAGAGGCCAGCACGUUUACCUCAGAUGCCCUGGAUGAUCUGGACGCCAUCACGAUUCUGGGAGGUCUGCAGAGGGUUGACAGCGGUAUGAGCGUUGCAAGCAUGGGUAAAGUGAAGAUGAGCUCUAUCGCUGGCACAGUUGUGGAUGCUCACGUAGUGGAGGAUAAUAAGUUCUACAUGCGGGAAUGUCUCUUCUCAAAGUUCAAGUACAUCCUGGAAAAACUACACAGCACUGAUUACUAUUUGCGGUACGAACAAAACGUAAUCAAUUUCAUAUACCCCGCCGGAAAGGAACCCGCUGGUCCGGCGGCCAUAGAAGCGGCAUCAAACGUUUUUUUCCUAAAGAGUAUUGUGGGCGGACGGAAUUUUCCACUGUCACGCCUCUUUAACGCGAUAGUGGCCAUGUUUUGCGCCUAUCCAGAUCGGGACUACUGCAUGAUGCAGAUAUCCGCGAAUAUCAAGGCCACAAGGAGCUAUUUGGAGGUUCUACAGUACUUUAUGCCAGUGGUUUCGCGUCCCAGCAAUGAAUGCAGCCUCGCCGAGGUAUACAUAACCCAUCGGAGCACCAUUUUUGGGGAGAUUAGUCUGUACAAACUGCGAAAAGAGGACGUGUCCGUGGUGCAUUCCUUGGCCGUAGGAAACUCGACCAAAGAGAUAGGUUCCCCUGAUUCCACCGCCAGCAGCUUCUCCUACUGCUCCAAAAUAAACGAGCGGGCGGACCUGGAGCACGAGGUUCAUGUUCUCGACGCGAUCAUGAAGGAAGUGCUGGAGAAGGAGUUCAGUGAGUUCGCGGUGUUUACCAUUCGCUGCGGAAACUCUACAAAGUCCGCCAAGCAGAAUACUUCGAUCGGGUUUGUGGUGAUUCGGCAGUUCCAUUGCCAUGACCAGCUCUUUGAUCACUAUCAUCUGCCCAAGAACGAUACUCACUUGAAUCGUCUAAGGGCCGAGAUCAUCUCGCUGCGACUGCAUCCUCUCUUCGUGUCCAGUGGCGAUCUGAUUUUCAGGGAUUUGGCCAGGAAGACUAACUUUUACGACUUUUACUUCAUCAGUCCUUUUGACAAUCAAAAGUACAGCAAUGACCUGAAGAAAAUGAUGAUGGUCGUGGAACCGAAGGCCAUUAAAAAGGCUCCAGUUUUCUUCGGAGUGCGCACUGAACAGAAGAAGUCGAAGAACAGGUUGCUCCUGCCCAGUCCCAACUACUCAACGGAUAAUAUGAUCAUCUACCGGCACAAACUCAAUCCGGUUAAGUGGUUCACCAACAAGAAGAAAGUGGUCAUCAUUGGGUUUUCUCCAGUGGCCAAGGCAUUUCUGCGACAGCUUGUGUUUCAGUGGAAUAGCAGGGACCAUAAGAACUCGGAAAACUUCACCUGCCUGAGCUGGCUGCAAGUGACCGUAAUCUGUCGGGCCGGGGUCGUGGAGGCGGAAUACGACAGCCUCUUUAAGUGCCCCUAUUGCACCAGCCCUCUUGGAUGCUACCUUUCCUACCAGAACGAGUCCUGCUUCAUAAGAGAUUGUUGUGUGCGCCUUGAUUUGCGCUAUUGGGUGCACUUUGUGCCCGGAAAGGUGGAGCUUAUUAAUAGAGAGAAAAAGUACGUGAAGAUCGAGGCCUGCGAGAUUUACUAUGACACCCUUCUGCUGAUGUGUGAGCGAAAGUUUGUGCUCCGUUCUCCAGAAUCGCCGGUCGGCAAGGGAAGUCCCUGCAAUCUCGUGGAGGUCAAUUGUCGGCUUAACAAGCUCCUGCUCUUCUACAAGGUGCGUACGCUGCUGGAGAACAUGCCGCGAACCUACUUGGUCCUGGUUUAUGGCUCCAAUUUGUGCACCUAUGAGUGCAUUGCCUUUCUGAUUGGCCAUGGCGUGGAUUGCUCGCGGAUGGUGUUUGUCCAGCCGCAUCGAUUCAUCGGUAAGGAUGCGGAUAUGAAGGAGAAGAACCCCUUCUGGGAUCAAAACCUGCAGCUCAUCUUGGACGACAUUCUCGUGGAUAAAGGAGUCGAGAUUUUCAUAGACUAUGACUUUCACCACUAUAACGUACACAAGUCAUCCGACUUCAUUAUGGAGGUGGUCUUCCAGCACAUUCCCAGUAGAAAGCAGGCGACAUUCGAGUGCGACCUUUUUAUCUCCUUCGAGGAGGGACACCUCCAUCAAAGGCAUAUGCAAUGGCUUAAGGCUGCCAAAAUCAAUAUAGAUAACAAUGAGAUCCUGGUAAACAAACGAUACCAGACCAAUGAUCCGAACAUCUAUGCAGCUGGCAGCUUUAUACAGAUGCGGCCGAAGCCAAAUUAUCAGUACAGAUAUGUUAAUAGCCGGGAAAUGGCCCGCAAGAUCUUACACCAUCUGGACAUUGUUCCGGAUAUAAAUUUCGAGGAUCGAUACUCUGAGCCCCUGCUCUUCCAGGCCAUUCUGCCGCUACGUUAUUUCAUCACCAAAGUCACAAUGCCUCGGAGAUAUUUGAGCUCGCAUAUGCCCGUCAUGGAGACUUGCAAUUUGACCACGUACAAGCAGAACACAUUUUGCCGGGUUGGCCUAUUCAAACAUAUGACGGUGGACGAGAUCGUGGUUGUGACAAAAAAUGAGUGCUAUUUGGACUUCCUGCAGCAUUUUUGUGGCAAGCACGAGCUGCUUCUGAACAAUCUGAAAGCGCGCUAUAAGGCUCAUACGAUUCACUCUUUUCUAAAGUAUUUUCAAGAGCCCUGGGCGGAAUUGAUCAAGCACGAGAACUUUAAGGACCUUCAGGCGGAGAAUGCAGAACUCCUUAAUCCCAUGACCAUUACGGCGCUAAGACGAGCUAGCCGUGGUGCCUUAGGAAGUAUAACCGAUAUUGACUUCUCCUCGCUGAACAGGCGCUACCUGGAGGUCAAGCUGAUGACUUUUCUGAGGGUUCAUCGACGGGACUUCCGGCAUAAGUUUGCUCUUCCCGAGGAUUUUCUUCAAUUGGAUCAGCCUGACCGGGAGCGACACUUGAAUGAAUCGACUGAGGAGCAAGAUGAGUCAACGGACGAGUCAGAUACCUGAUUUGUAGAACCAAAGCAGUCCGUUUCUUUACUUUCCGAUUUCCUUGUGCAGUGCUCCGACUCAAAUACACGUUAAACAAAAUAUUUUGAAAAAUGCCCCGAA